CCUUGGGGAGCAAGGACCCGGGGGGUCUCAGCGCCAGCUGCGCGGGGCGUGCGACCGGGGGAGGGGUCUCUGCAGCCCACAUGGCCCCAGCGCUGCUUAGGUUGGCGCGGGUCAGGAUGGCAGCGCCCGGGGGCCGCGCCGAGCCGCCGCCGCCCGAGUUCGGCUGCAGCUACGUGGUGUCGCGCCCGGUGUACAGCGAGCUCGCCUUCCAGCAGCAGCACGAGCAACGCCUGCACCCGCGCCGGACGCUGCGCGAGAGCCUGGCCCAGCGCUGCAGUUGUUCAAGAAAGAGAGCCAUUGGUGUACUGAAGACCCUCCUGCCCAUCUUGGACUGGCUCCCCAAAUACCGGGUCAAGGAGUGGCUGCUUAGUGAUGUCGUUUCUGGAGUCAGUACCGGGCUAGUGGCUACACUGCAAGGCAUGGCGUAUGCCCUACUAGCUGCAGUGCCGCUGGGAUUUGGUCUCUACUCUGCCUUUUUCCCUAUCCUGACGUACUUUAUCUUUGGAACAUCAAGACACAUCUCAGUUGGCCCUUUCCCAGUGGUCAGUUUGAUGGUGGGAUCUGUUGUUCUGAGCAUGGCUCCAGAUGAAGACUUUCUCAUAUCCAACGAUAACGGAACUGCAUUAAAUACUACGGUCAUCGACACUGUAGCUAGAGAUUCAGCAAGAGUGGAGAUUGCAAGCACCUUUACUCUUUUGGUUGGAAUCAUACAGUUGAUAUUUGGAGGUUUGCAGAUUGGAUUCAUAGUGCGAUAUCUGGCAGAUCCACUGGUUGGUGGAUUUACAACUGCAGCUGCCUUCCAAGUCUUGGUCUCACAGCUAAAGAUCGUCCUCAAUGUUUCAACCCAAAACUAUAAUGGCGUUCUCUCCAUUAUUUAUACACUGAUUGACAUUUUUCAAAAUAUUGCUGAUACCAAUCUUGCUGAUUUCAUUGCUGGUUUACUCACCAUUAUCAUCUGUAUGGCAGUUAAAGAAAUAAAUGAUCGAUUUAAACAUAAAAUACCAGUCCCUAUUCCUAUAGAAGUAAUUGUGACAAUAAUUGCUACUGCCAUUUCAUAUGGAGCCAACCUGGAAAAAAAAUACAAUGCUGGCAUUGUUAAAUCCAUCCCAAGGGGGUUUUUGCCUCCUUCACUCCCACUGGUGAACUUAUUUUCUAAGAUGUUGACUGCAUCAUUUUCCACUGCUGUUGUGGCUUAUGCUAUUGCAGUGUCUGUAGGAAAAGUGUACGCCACCAAGUAUGAUUACACCAUUGAUGGAAACCAGGAAUUCAUUGCCUUUGGAAUCAGCAAUAUAUUCUCAGGAUUCUUCUCUUGUUUCGUGGCGACCACUGCCCUGUCCCGUACUGCUGUCCAGGAGAGCACAGGGGGAAAGACUCAGGUUGCUGGUAUUAUCUCAGCUGGGAUUGUGAUGAUCGCCAUUGUUGCCUUGGGGAAGUUGCUGGAACCCUUGCAAAAGUCGGUCUUGGCAGCGGUUGUAAUUGCCAACCUGAAAGGGAUGUUUAUGCAGGUGUGUGACAUUCCUCGUCUGUGGAGGCAGAAUAAGAUUGAUGCCAUUAUCUGGGUGUUUACAUGUGUAGCAUCCAUCAUUCUGGGGCUGGACCUUGGCUUGCUAGCUGGUCUCUUGUUUGGAUUGCUGACUGUCGUCUUCAGAGUUCAAUUUCCUUCAUGGAAUGGCCUUGGAAGCAUCCCAAGCACAGACAUUUACAAAAGUACCAAGAAUUACAAAAAUAUUGAAGAACCUGAGGGAGUCAAGAUUCUUAGAUUUUCUAGUCCCAUUUUUUAUGGCAACGUUGACGGUUUUAAAAAGUGUAUCAAGUCCACAGUUGGAUUUGAUGCCAUUAGAGUAUAUAAUAAGAGACUGAAAGCACUGAGGAAAAUACAGAAACUCAUCAAAAAAGGGAAAUUAAGAGCAACUAAGAAUGGUAUUAUCAGUGAUACUGGCACAUCCAACAAUGCUUUUGAGCCUGAUGAAGACAUUGAAGAUCCAGAAGAACUUGAUGUCCCAACCAAGGAAAUUGAAAUUCAAGUGGAUUGGAACUCUGAGCUUCCAGUCAAAGUGAAUGUUCCUAAAGUGCCAAUUCACAGCCUUGUUAUUGAUUGUGGAGCUGUAUCUUUCUUGGAUAUUGUUGGAGUCAAGUCACUGCAAAUGAUUGUCAAAGAAUUUCAAAGAAUUGAUGUAAAUGUGUACUUUGCAUCACUUCAAGAGCAUGUGAUAGAAAGGCUGGAGAAAUGUGGCUUUUUUAAUGAUAACAUUAGAAAGGACAUAUUUUUUCUCACUGUCCAUGAUGCUGUUCUCCAUCUACAGAACAAGGCAAAGACCCAUGAGGUUCAGGAUUCUAUUUUAGAAACGAUCACCCUAAUCCAAGACUGUAAAGAGCCACUUGAAUUAAUGGAAGCAGAGCUGAUUGAAGAAGAACUCGAUGUACAGGAUGAGGCUAUGCGGAGACUUGCUUUCUGAAAGUGGACAAGUGGACUCAGGAUGUUCCUCCAAGAAAUGACUGCAGGACAGUUGCAAACCAAUGUAAUUCUAUGCAAAUAUUUUCUGCAUUGGCUAUUUCUUCAGACUUGAAACCUUCAUUUUUUUUCCAUUAAAAUAUUUUUUUGUAUAUGCCAAGUAUCAAACUUUAUACAUGUUAACCAUGCAUUUUAACACUGAGCUAUAUACAUCCCAACCUCUGCAUUAUCUUCUUACUUUUGAUAUAUAUAUUUUUUAAGGCUCUUGGCCAUUGAAAGAGAAGCACAAACAUUAUUUCUAGACUUUAUUUAUAACUACAUUACUUGCUUUUGAAAUAUGCCCAACGGUGAGGAGAAUUAGCUAGGUGAUUUAGAAUAUCCAGAAUCUGUGGUAUGUUCCCAAUUCCCCACAACCUUGCAAUAGUCUUCUCGUGUGGUCCAGUGCUGUCAGGGGAGCAGUGACCUAGUGGCCUCUGGGGGAAGGUGAGUCUGAAUGACCUUGACACUUAGGAGUCUCACUGAUCACUUAGGGUCACAAGAGGAAAUGCUGAAAUACAGUAAUCAAUGAAUGCACUUAUUUAAAAAAGUAGUCAAAAAUCACCUGGCAGACAUAUCAAAAAAAAGUUUUUUAAAAAGAAAGAAAAUUUUGUUAGUAUUUAAUAAUGAAGUAUUUUUAUAUGUGACUAUAUAGAGAAUCAAAAUUCAGAGCUACAGAACUGAGCUGAUACAUUUCAGAAACAUGGAUUUGGAGACAGGAAGAAUUGGCAUCCUUCUGGCUUAUAGUAAUCAUUUUUUGGACGUGAUACUAAUCAUGGGUCACAAUUAAGAUCAAGUUAAAUAACGACAGUCUAUUUUUCCAUAAAAAGCAGUUUUAAUUUAUCUUAGUUUAUAAAAAUGGUUUUUAUAUAGUAUAUUUAAGUAAUGGCUAGAGGUAUUUUGGGUUUUUUGUUUGUUUUUUUCUUUUUGGGUCACACCUGGCAAUGCACAGGGGUUAUUCCUGACUCAUGCACUCAGGAAUUACUCCUGGUGGUGCUCCUGGGACCAUAUGGGAUGCUGGGAAUCGAACCCAGGGCUGGCCACGUGCAAGGCAAACGCCCUACCCACUGUGCUAUUGCUCCAGCCCCGCUAGAGGUAUUUAAACUAUUUAAAAUCUAAUAGAAUUUUGUUCUUUUAAACAAAAACAAAUUUGGAUAUGAAUAUAAGAUCAUAAUUAAAAUUAGUUUGUAACUUUUCCAAAGAGGUAAAAAUUUAAGUAUUAAAGCAGAGUUUUUUAUCCCCUCCAAAUUUUAGCAAUCUGUAAAGUGAUCUUUAACUGAGAUCUGAAUACCUUUCCAAAAUAAUUUAAAACCUUAAUUUUCUACACAUAUUGAUGUUCAAUCUGAUUAAUUUAAGACAACACUUUCCAAAUGAAUUCAAUAUAAAAAUAAAGAGACUGAUUUGGACUUACCAUUUUUCAUUGACUUAUGAUGGUGUGGACAUCCUGAUUAAAUUGAAAAUAUGGUUGGAAAUGUAUUUAAUACAUCUAACCUACUGAAUAUCAGUGCAUAGACAGCCUUCCUAAAACAUGUCCAAAACACAUUAGCCUACAGCUGGGAAAAAUUAUCUAACACAAAGCCGUUCUAUAAUAAAAUGUUGAAUAUCUCAAAUACAAAUGGGCAUAUUGUAGAUAAUGCAAAAACACAAGCACGAUAUUCAAAAUUCUGCUAAGAGUAAACUGUAGAGCAUUGGCUAUACCUCGGGGCCGAGGUUCUAGUUGGCAACUCCAGCUUGCAUCACCACUCUACAUCAUAAGCAAAGAUUACAGUGCAUAUCGCCAGCCAGGAAAUGAUCAAAUGUUAAAUUACAGUUUCUACUGAAUGUGCAUUACUUUUGCCUCAUGAUAAAGUGGGGAAAAAAUUAUAGAUAAAACCAUCGAGUGUCAGGGACUUUUUGUAUAACUAUUUUUAAAAAUUCAUACUUUAAUUCUGAAAUAUUACUUCAUAUUUUAACUUUUCCUUUUUUAAGUGCCAAUAAUGUUCUAGGUAUUAUGUGAAAUAUAGGCUUUAGUCCUGUGGACUAUUUCCAAAUAUUUUACACUGCAAUGAAUGAAACUGUACUUCAUUCCUAGGGAAAAUAAAUACUCAGGUUCCCAACAUGUCUUGCAUCAUUGAGAGUUAUAUUGGAACAGAUGCAUGAAAUUCCCAAAUAUUUCUGGCAGGAGCUCUUUUCUCCAUUUUUUCCCUUAAAUACAGCCAGAACAAGGGUUUCUCCUUUUGGAGGGAAACCAUCAAUGAAUGUAUCAGACUGGAUCACUAAAAGCACCAUCAUCCCCACUCUACAAACUUCAUAUUGGCAACUGGGUGAACGUAAUGGAUUGUGGUGGUACACAAUUCUUUCAUGUGCAUGGACUAUACUAUAUUUAAUUGACUUAGAACAGAUUUCUCCUCAUCACGGGAAAAGCAUAAAUAGGAGUUGAAGUUCAUUUUUCACAGUAAUACCUUAUAAUGACAAUUUGUAUUUCUAAAGAGCAUUUAUAAUAGUCUUGCAAAAAAUAGAUGAAUACCUCUGUUUAAUAGAGGAAAUGUGCCCUGUUUAUUUUUUUGAUUAGUUGAAGAACAUACCAAAGUUACAUUUUACUGUAAUGAUAGUUUUGUAAAAUCUUGAGCCAUUUAUGACUAUAGAAGACAAGACUACUUGUUUUUUAAAAACGCUCUAGGACAUCUAGGCCUCAUGUGACUAGUAAGUAUGCAUUUUAAUACAGUCUUGUCAAUGGAAAUUCUACUUGAAAUUAAAGAUCUCUUUUGUUAUAUUUUCAACUGAUACAAAAUUCCAGUGUUUUUUAUGAAUUACAAAAACAAAUUUUAUCUGUGUCUUUGUAGAUAUUUGCACUAUUUUUUUUAAAUACAAAGUUGUUUUUGAAAUGACUCUGACAAGUCCUUUCUGAACCAAUUAUUAAAUGACUUAAAAGCCCUGCCUUUUUAAUUUGCUGUUAUGCUUACUCGUCAUCAUUUUGGUGUACAGUUCAUAGUUUCACUCCAUUUCUGUGUAACUUUUUUGUGAGUACUUUAAUGUAAUAAACAACGCUGUUGACAAAUAC